AUGUUUCCAAAUAAAAUCCUAAAAACAUUUGCCUUUGAGCUUGCCCCAGUUAUCUCAGACAUUUUCAACUCAUCCAUGACACAAGGCACCUUCCCAAAGGCAUUGAAGAGAUCUAUUGUAGUGCCUGUCCCUAAGGUAUCACCCCCAAAGAGUAUUGAAGACGACCUACGACCAAUAUCUUUAACAUCUCAGAUCGCCAAAGUUAUGGAGGAUUGUACUUUGGACAAUUUUUUUCCUGAAGUUGUAAAUAAACUUGACACCAAACAAUUUGCACUCCCAAAGAAAUCAACGACCCACGCUUUGGUCUACCUUUUACAUUCAAUCUUGGUUGCUCUUGAGAGAGGUUCCUGUCCUGCCAGAUUGUUCUUUGCAGAUUUCAAGAAAGGUUUUGACCUAGUAGACCACAAUGUUAUUAUUAAAGAAUUAACCCUGCUUGGUACCCAUCCCUCUAUAAUUCGGUGGAUUAAAGCCUUCCUCUGCGAUCGCGAACAAUGUGUCCGGGUGGGAACUUCUAUGUCCUCUUGGAAGAAAACAAAUGGUGGCUUGCCACAAGGUACAAAGUUGGGUCCAUUAUUGUUUGCUGUUCUCAUUAAUUCCUUACUCAAAACUGGCCCAGUAGGAUCAAGUUUGUGGAUGACACCUCAGCCCUAG